AUGGAUGCGCAAGUCAGCCUCGGCACGGGGUAUGGUGGCUUCCCCGGGCGCUCAGUCGCCAAUCCUGACUGCACCCUCUCGCCCAGAGUUCGUCCCCUGGCCGAGAUCGCCGAAGGUGCCCUCCGGGACCUCGAGCCCGCUCUGGCAACGCUCCAAAUAAUCAAGGAACGAUUGGAGAAGAACAGGACGAUCGUUCAGACGGCCGUGCAUCAACACCAGGCACUCGCCUUCUCCCGAGUGAUCGAGGACGAGCCGCCUGGCAUCAGAGGCCUACAAGAUCACGGCUCACCCGUCGAUCUUUGA